UACAAAAUUGUAAUUUGUAAAUUGUUUGUUUAUUGUAUUUAAUCGCAAUUAAUUUAACACGUUAUAUGUAAUAUUCUUAUCGCAAAUGAAUUUCUUUUGUGUGUGUGUGGCUAUGCAAGAGGAAAAAUAAAGAAUUUGUUAAACUAAAAUAUAACCUGACUUGGAUGUCAGUAAGAAGUUGAAUUGUCUGUUUAUCUCAAUAAUAUAAGUUUACAGUGAAGAUGAUAUUUUAAAGAUAGUGAAAGAACAGUGAUAUUGCUAUGGAUGAUGAUUGCAAAGAUUACAGGAAAAAUAAACCACAACAAAAACUCUACAAACCAGGCAGUGGUCCUUUAAGACGUUCUAGAUAUGGUUUAGAUUCUAAAAUGGAUUACAAUUUCGAUAAUUCUCAAAAAUAUAAAGAUAAAAGUUAUUAUGGAUCUCAACAGUCCAUUAAUGGUGAAGAUUCUUUAUGUGAAAGUAGAGAAAAAGCGAUUCCUAGGCAUAGAAAACCUGAGCAACAACUUUAUGUACCUAAGUCUGGUGAAUCUUCCUCUGAAGUAGAUAGGUCGUCGAAUUCGUCUAUGAGGUGUAAUAAUUCUAGUCAAUAUAAUAAUCGACAGAUAUCUAGUACACAAGACAAUUCUUCAGUAGCAAAUACAGGGUCCCAUAAGAGUGCCUCAGGAAGAGAAUUUUCUAAAAGAGAUGGAGUAGCUAAUGACUUCAAUUCUAAUAGACAUUAUAGACAAGGAUCAGAAACUAGAUCUGUUUCUCCCGGUCAUUUUAAUCAAGAUUACAAUUCUCUAGAUAGAAAUAGAGACAGUCGUAGCAUGGAGCCUUGGGCCGGGAGAAAUAAGCAAGGAUCCGGUGGUAAGCCUCCUUCCGGUAGAAGAAAUUCUGCUGGGUAUCAACCAGUAAAUUUAGACAAUAUACCACCACGAUUCAGAAAAAAAUAUUUAGAAAAAGCUGGCCAUCAAAGCUUCGAUAAUGUGGAUCAACUUCACCAUGAUCAUCAAACAGCUAAUGAGUUCAUACAGUCCGGAUACCAUUCUGGACAAUUCUAUAACUCUAAUACAAAUUGGUCCCAAACUUUGCCAUCGAGAGGAAGGGGUCGUUUAAAGGACAAUGACAAUUUUGACAGAGAAAAGUUUAUGAAUUCAUAUUUGAAAAGCUAUGAGGCCCAAAAUUCUAGAAAAUCGACACCCAGUAAUUCAUAUCUUAAUUUAUAUGAGUCAACUGUACUGGAAAAUAAAAGUAAUAAACCCAGCAACAGUCAGGAAAAAGCUAAUGUUUCAGUUCAUGAUAAUAAACAAAAUUCCCAUGACAAUGUAACCAAUGGGACAAGUAGUUCAAAUAAUGUAAGUGAGGAAAAGGACAAAAAUUAUCAGGAUAAUGAAAAGUUCAAUGAAUGUGAAACUGCAUCACAUAAUUCUACAAAUCUAUCAGAUUUAACAAAUUUAGAUUGGACUGAGGAAGUGGAGAAAAAUAUUAAGCUGGAUGAUUUAUGUAACACAGAAAUAAGUUUUUCAAAUGUUACACCAAAGGAGGAAGUCAAAAUUGAACCUCGCGAAAGUAAAAGGUCAACCAGAUCUCGACAUAAAGAUAGAAGGAGUUCAAGUAGAGGGCAUAAAAAUUCCGAAAAGAAAGAAAGGAAUAGGAGGGACAGCAAUGUAAGCGUCCAUGAAACUGAACGCACCAGAAAAGAUAGCAAUGUCAGUGUUCAGUAUGAAUCCAUGCCAUCUAAUCUCAAACAUCGCGAACGGGAGAGACGCGACAGCCACAGGAGUAAUAAAUCUUCUACGAUUGGAAAUAGUAGGGACGACUUGGACCGUUGGAGGUCCCUGAGAUCUUUUAGUAGGGAACAUAGUACUGAAAGGAGAAUAGUCUCUCAAUGCAACAGUAGAGAUCCAUCAAUGAAUAGAGCAACGAGUCCAAGGGAUCAUGAUGGAUUCAGGGUACCAACAGGAUCCACAAAAUCUUCUAUGUGGUCUUCUAAGAAAAACGACUACGGUGGUAGAGGUUCGAGCUCUGAAAGGAGACAGUUGUCGCCUGCCGCUAGCGUGGUAAGUGUGAGCGAGACGGGAGAUGCGCCGAGCGGAGGGCGGCGGCGCGAGAAGCGGCGGCGGCGCGGACGCAACGCGGAGAACGUUCAGCCUCCCACGCGGCAGCCGCCCGGCGCCCACCCCGCGCCUGCGCACAACUGGCGCGAAGAGAUAUUAGAGUCCAAGAAGCAUGAGAGACAUCCGGAAAGCACUCACCAGAGGAAUAGAUUGAACAGUGUUUUAUCAGAAAAAUCUGUGUCCGAACCGACCACUCAACCUGGCUUGAUUAUUUUGCCUCAAAGUUCCAAAACACAUUUACAGAAGGAUCAGAGAGCCACAGAAAAUCAAAAAACUUUAUAUGAUUAUAACAACCCCUCCAAGCCAAUUAUUGUGCAGACGAGUCCGUCCAAACAAGACACGCGGAUGGAACGGAGUAGAAAGGAAUCUACUGGUCGCGGCGGUGGUUCCGGCUACGACGCUAACGACGCGGCGCGAGCGGCGCGACACACGGCGCUGUUACAGAAGGUGGAUCGCGCGGACGCCAUCUUGAAAAUGCACAUACUACGCGGACCGGCCGCGCUCGCUAAUACUUGGUCAGAUGUGGCUGAAACAAGAAAAUUCUUACAAUCCGCAUUAGAAAUACUCCUGCUAUCGGAUUUAAAAUUUUGUCAGUCGGACAACAUCGAGCAGCAGUUUUGGAAAAUAUUGUACUACCAUUUCAUAGAAACUUUGAGGAAAAGUAUACCGCAAGCCACUCCCGAAGAGAAAGCAAUAACUGUUAAACUCAUCAACACUAUUAUCGAGGAGGGGACUAUAUUUUUUGAGAAUCUCGUUCAGCUACUAGAGAAGACUUACAAGUUUAAUACGGACGACUUUAUAAACGAUAACCACGUGUUACCUCCGAAGGGUCUCGGCUACGUCGGCCUAGCCUUGAUCUCAGUACAAAAGCUGUAUGUAUUUCUCGGCGACCUAUCUAGAUAUAAGGAGCAAGUGAACGAGACGAAUAACUACGGCAAAAGCAAACAUUGGUACACAAAAGCGCAGCAAAUCAAUCCUAAAAACGGUCGGCCAUAUAAUCAGUUAGCAAUACUAGCUAUUUACGCUAGGCGCAAGCUGGACGCUGUGUACUAUUAUAUGAGAAGUCUCAUGUCAUCGAAUCCUUUUCAAUCAGCGCGAGAGAGUCUACUAUCUCUUUUUGAUGAAAACCGGAAAAAGUACGAGACAGCAGAGCGCAAGCGUCGUACCGCGGCGGAGUCGCGCGAGGCGGGUGGGGCGGGUGGGGCGAGCGGGGCGGGUACGCGAGGGGCGGGAGGCGUGCGCGGGGCGGGGCUGCGGCGCGAGGUGUGGGUGCGGCCCGGCGGCGGACGCACCGCCACGCUCACGCACGCGCCGCGUGAUGACUACCUCGAUACUAUGACGCCUGUUGAGUUAAACAAAAACUUCAUAAUGAGCUACUUACACGUCAAUGGAAAGCUCAUCACUAAAAUUGGCAUGGAGUCGUUCCACGAGGCGGCGGGGUCGAUGGUGCGUCAGUUCCGCGCGCUGCUGCACCGCUCGCCGCUGCCGACGCCGGCGCCGCGCCUGCUGCAGCUCACCGCGCUCAACAUGUUCGCCGUCGAGACCACCGCCGCGGCUACCAGAGACAACGGGAGCGGCGAGAGGUCGGCGUGGCUGGAGUGCGCGCUGGGCGUGUCGCUGUUGAUGUUCGGCGCGCUGCUCGAGCGCUGCUGCGCGCUGCUGCCGGAGCCGCCGCACACGCAGCAGUUCGCCGACGCGCUGCUGCUGCUGCCCGCCAUCAAGGUAUGGUCUGACUGGAUGCUCUGUCACAGCAGCAUAUGGAACCCACCGCCAUCUUUCGACAACUUCGAAGUAGAAACCGACGGCGACCCCUGGGACUGGCUCGCGAAGCUGAUGAAUAUUCUCGAAUCACUCGAUGACAAGUCCAUAGAACUGGAAACUGAACAGAAAGAAGGUUGCACGUGCGUGCGUCUGCCGGAGGACGCGUCGUUGGGGGGGUUCACGCCGCUCAUGUACAUGGAGCCGGCGGGCGCGUGGGCGCGGCCCGGCGUCCCGCACCACGCCGCAGAACACGCGCUGCGCCUGCGCAAGCUGCUCUUCUUCGGCACUGAGUACCUAGUGGGCGUGGACCCUCCAGUACUGAAGCUGGAGUACCCGAGCGACGCGCAGCCGCGGUACGUGAGCGCCGUGCAGCGCACGCAGCCCGCCUACCCGCCGCUCACGCAGUUGUCUGAAGAUUCCGAGGACGAGGACACUGCGAGCGGUGCGACGAGCGGACCGACCAGCCUCUGCGACGAGUUGCCCGAAGGUGCCGACGAGACGACGAAGAAACUCCUCAAGAGGAAAGAACAGCUCGAGUCUAGAAACGCGACACUGGAACGACGUCGGAAAAAAAUGCAGGAGAUGCUGGGCAGCGACUGGGUGAGCGUGGAGGUGGAGGUGCGGCCGCGCUGGCUGGUGCCCGACACCAACUGCUUCAUCGACCACCUGCCGCUGCUGCGCGCCGUGCUCGCGCUGCCCGACCAGCCCUACCAGCUCGCCGUGCCGUUAGUCGUGGUAUCGGAGCUGGAGGGCCUACAGAAGUGCUCCCGGGUGGGACCAUGCGCACGCGCAGCUCUAGACUGGUUGAACAGCGGCGGGGGCGGCGUGCGGUUCGCGACGACGCGCGGCUCGCUGCUCGCGUCGUGCGCGUUCACCGCUGAGCGCGACGCCGCAGCGUGCAACGACGACCGCGUGCUCGCUACGGCACUAGCGCUGCACGCAAACCUGACGCCGCAUCACGGUCCGCGGGGGACGGAGGAGGCGGGCGCUGGCGGUGCGGCGGGCGGUGCGGAGGGUGGUGCGGGGGGCGGGGCGAGGCGGGCGCGGGAGCUGGUGCUGGUGUCGGACGACCGCAACCUGCGCGUGAAGGCGCUGGCCGCGGACCUGCCCACGCGUGACUUGCCCUCCUUCGCACACUGGGCCGGCAUCGACACUGAUAAGAGUUCGUCGACGAAGGCGCCGACCGCACCGGGCGACUCUCCGGGAAACAAAUGAAGCCGUCGCUACACCGGCGACCUAGUUAUAACGUGACAAAUUUACAUUACGUACAUAGUAGAUAAUUAAUGAAAUAACAUUAUCCGCUGGCCCGGCCCGCGCGACGCUCACGCAUGUCACUCUAGCAUAGGAAUUGAAUAGAAAUAAGCGAAAUAACACACCAAUAGAGAGGUAACUAGUAACUUUGUUAGAAGCUUUAGGAUUCCACCUUCGUGUUCCUGGGCCACGUUUUUAAUUGUUAAUAUUAUUUUUGUGAAAUGAGAUAUCGAUGCGGCAUCACCGCCGAGCUAUUAUUUUUUACUUAUUUUUGUAAUAUUUUAUUUUUACAAUAUAUUUUAAUUUUUAUGAUUUUGAUCGCUCCGCUUGAAUCGAUGUAGUGGCGUACUCGAUCGCCGAAGUGCUACCGCGUCAGGCGAUCCGUAGCGAGCGCGCAUCGGCCGCGGACGUCUCUCUAGUUCUAAUUCAACGUGUCCCGCCGUUUCUCUCGUGAUUGAAUUGUAAUAUAGAUGUGGGGCAUAAAGCGAAUAAAUAGAGGUAGUAUGUAGGUAAAUGUGGUCGCGGUACCGCAAGCGGCCGGCGCGCGCGUCUAUUGUGGCGGUAACUCCUCGGCGUUUCCUCGCCGUCGGACACAUCUGGCACGAGAUAUUCUGCCCGUUUUCAUCAGCACUCGUUUCGAAAGCCGAAAUCGACGCCCUUCGAAGCGGAGUUCACUUUGCAUUAAUGAUUGUUGUUUUUAAAAGUUGACUGCAUCGUAGCGAAAUCUAGCCGUAAGAGUAAAUAGUGACCAGAAUUAUUCCAUCACGAUUAUAUUGCACUAUAUACAUAUACUUUUGUUAAACGUUUAAAGAUAUACAAACUUUUACUAUAUAUCUAUACUGAAAUCGUGUUAUUGUAACAUAUUCCGCUAAGAAAAUGUAUUCUUCUAUUGAUUUCACGCCGACUAUCAGGGAAUGUUUUAGAGGUACUCUAACGUGUCGUUACAUUAUUUUAUAGCUAGUUGUUAACGUUAACGAUGAAAUACGAACGAUCUACGCCAGAGAGUAAUGUGAAAUUAUCAUUUUUUAAUGAGAUGACGAUGUUAAUUUUGUCUUAAAUCAUGUUUUAAUAAACAUUGAUAUUUC